CUUAAGAGGAAACACGAGUGGUAAAAGGCAAGAGGGAAUACAUUACACAAAAGCCUAUUGAGAGCAUUAAACACGAGUGUACUACCAUCUAAGAGUUAAACACGUGAGUAGAGUGUGAGGUCCUGAAACCUUAAUAAUUUUUAUUGCACAUUUUUUUUUCCUGUUGAAUUAUGGCUGGAGCAGGUGGUGGUGGUGACGAGUAUCAUCAGUUGGACGGCGCUCAACGUCUGUUACUGGAUGCGAUGAAUGCACAGAUGCAACGUUUGCUGGACCGUACCAAUGAGGAGGUCUAUGGACGACUAGAAGCUUUGGAGAACCAAGCCAAUCAGAAUGCUAGACGAAAUAUAGAUGGGAAUAGAGGUAACAAUGGCGGUAAUGACGGACCGAGGCAGAACCGGGUUGAGGGAGUAAAGCUCAAUGUUCCUCCCUUCAAAGGUAGAAGUGAUCCAGAUGCCUACCUGGACUGGGAAAUGAAGACUGAGCACAUAUUUGCCUGCAAUGACUACACUGAUGCGCAGAAAGUCAAGCUAGCAGCAGCUGAAUUCUCCGACUAUGCCCUUGUUUGGUGGCAUAAAUACCAAAGAGAAAUGUUGAGAGAGGAACGGCGAGAGGUAGAUACAUGGACUGAGAUGAAAAGGGUGAUGAGAAAAAGGUAUGUGCCCACUAGCUAUAACAGAACCAUGCGACAGAAACUCCAAGGGCUGUCCCAAGGGAAUUUAACCGUGGAAGAAUAUUAUAAAGAGAUGGAAAUGGCGUUAGUGAGGGCCAACAUCGAAGAGGACUCCGAAGACACAAUGGCUCGUUUCCUGAAUGGUCUAAACCUUGAAAUCAGAGAUGUUGUUGAAUUACAGGAGUAUGUGGUGUUGGAUGACUUGUUACAUAGGGCGCUCCGGGUUGAACAGCAAAUUAAAAGAAAAAGUGCAACAAGGAGGAACUCACCCAAUACUUACAACCAAAACUGGGCCAACAGAUCCAAGAAGGAGGGAGGUAAUUCGAUCCGACCUGCAGCCACAUCCCCGCAUGGAAAGUCAGCAACGCCCAGUGUAGGUGGAAGCAAACAUAACACCUCCACUUCCUCAUCCAAUACUGGAACCAGAAACAUAAAAUGUUUCAAGUGCUUAGGCAGAGGACAUAUUGCUUCUGAAUGUCCAACCAGGAGGACCAUGAUCAUGAAGGCUGAUGGAGAAAUCACUAGUGAGUCUGAAAUCAGUGAAGAAGAAGUGGAAGAAGAAGACUAUGAGGAGGAAGCUAUGCAGGGUGAUAUGUUGAUGGUGAGAAGGCUGUUGGGAAAUCAAAUGCAGCCACUGGAUGGCAAUCAAAGAGAAAAUAUUUUCCACACCAGAUGUGUAAUUAAUGGUAAGCUAUGCUCUUUAAUUGUUGAUGGAGGAAGCUGUACCAAUGUUGCAAGUUCCACAUUAGUGACCAAACUGAAUUUGGAAACUAAGCCCCAUCCUACACCAUACAAACUUCAGUGGCUUAGUGAAGAUGAAGAGGUAAAAGUGACUCAACAGGUUGAGGUGUGUCUCACCAUUGGGAGAUAUAAUGACAAGGUGCUGUGUGAUGUGGUCCCAAUGGAAGCGACCCAUGUGCUGUUAGGAAGACCGUGGCAGUAUGAUACCAAGGCAGUGCAUGAUGGCUUCACCAACAAAAUCUCUUUCAAGCAAGCUGACAAGAAGAUUGUUCUCAAACCGUUAUCUCCUCAAGAGGUUUGUGAGGAUCAGAUAAAAAUGAGAGAAAAGAAAAAGAAAAACAAAAAGAGUGAAACACUUGAGGGCAAACAGCUUUAUUUAGCAACAAAGAGGGAGGUGAGGAGGGUGCUUUGUGCGAGACAACCCCUCUAUUUAUUGUUUUCUCAACGUCAGAUGUUGCAUGCUAACCCAAUUGAUGAAUUUAAAUUGCCUUCUAGUAUUCAGUCUCUUCUGCAGGAUUUUGAUGAUGUGUUUCCAGCAAGUGUACCAGAUGGUUUGCCACCAUUGAGGGGAAUUGAGCAUCACAUUGAUCUCAUUCCAGGAGCGUCCUUGCCCAAUCAGCCAGCUUAUAGGAGCAACCCACAAGAAACUAAGGAGAUUGAAAGGCAAAAGGACGGCUCAUGGAGGAUGUGUUCUGAUUGUAGAGCCAUAAACAACAUCACCAUCAAGUAUAGGCACCCAAUCCCCAGGUUAGAUGAUCUUCUUGAUGAACUGUAUGGUGCAUGUGUGUUUUCUAAAAUUGAUUUGAAAAGUGGCUAUAAUCAGAUUAGAAUCAGAGAGGGAGAUGAAUGGAAAACUGCCUUUAAAACAAAAUAUGGUUUGUAUGAGUGGAUGGUUAUGCCAUUUGGUUUGACUAAUGCACCUAGUACUUUCAUGAGAUUGAUGAACCAUGUUUUAAGGGAAUUUAUUGGGAAAUUUGUGGUGGUGUACUUUGAUGAUAUUCUUAUCUAUAGCACUAGUCUUGAUUUGCAUGUUCAACAUUUGCAAUCUGUUUUAAGUGUGCUUAGGAAAGAAAAAUUGUAUGCCAACCUAGAAAAGUGCUCCUUUUGUACUGAUCAUAUGGUGUUUCUGGGUUUUGUUGUUAGUGCUGAGGGAGUUCGGGUGGAUGUGGAAAAGGUUAAGGCCAUCCAAGAAUGGCCAACACCUAAGACCCUGAGUGAGGUGAGGGGAUUUCAUGGUUUAGCAAGUUUCUAUAGGAGAUUUGUUAAGGAUUUUAGUACAUUGGCUGCUCCUCUAACUGAAGUUGUUAAGAAGAAUGUGGGUUUCAAAUGGGGUAAGAAACAAGAAGAGGCCUUUGCUGCCCUCAAACAUAGGUUAACUAAUGCACCCAUUCUUGCUAUGCCUAAUUUUGCAAAAUCAUUUGAAAUUGAGUGUGAUGCGUCAAAUGUGGGUAUUGGGGCUGUUUUAUUGCAAGAGGGACAUCCGAUAGCUUAUUUUAGUGAAAAGUUAGGAGCCGCUGCCCUUAACUAUUCAACUUAUGAUAAGAAAUUGUAUGCUUUGGUUAGGGCUUUACAAACUUGGCAGCAUUACCUAUUACCCAAAGAGUUUGUCAUCCAUAGUGAUCACGAGUCCUUAAAAUACUUAAAAGGCCAAGGAAAGCUUAAUAAGAGGCAUGCUAAGUGGGUAGAGUUUUUAGAGCAAUUUCCAUAUGUCAUCAAACAUAAAAAGGGGAAAGGGAAUGUAGUGUGA